AAAAGAAAAAAAAGGAAGGAAAGCAUCAUCAAGUAGAGAGAGAGAGAGAGAGAGAAUGAAUAAGAUAACGCAGGUACCGUACGAAGCGACAGUUCGGUUGAUGUUGGGUUCACUGGAGCGGAAUUUGCUACCGGACGCCGUGAUUAGGAAGCUGACCCGUCUCCUCUUAGCCACUCGCCUUCGCUCCGGUUACAAGCCCUCUGCCCAACUCCAACUAUCCCACCUCCUCCAAUUCGUACUUUCUCUUAGAGAGAUGCCCAUAGCCAUCAAGACUGAUGAUCCAAAGACUCAGCAUUAUGAACUCCCAACCUCUUUCUUCAAGCUCGUCCUUGGAAACAAUCUUAAAUAUAGUUGUUGUUACUUCUCUGAUAACUCAAAAACCCUAGAGAAUGCUGAAGAAACAAUGUUGGAGCUCUAUUGUGAGAGGUCACAGUUAAAAGAUGGUCACACUGUUCUUGAUGUUGGAUGUGGCUGGGGGUCACUCUCUUUGUACAUUGCUCGGAAGUAUAGUAAUUGUAGGGUUACAGGGAUUUGUAAUUCAACAACCCAGAAAGCACAUAUUGAAGAACAGUGUCGGGAUCUUCAGCUGCAGAAUGUGGAGAUCAUUGUUGCAGAUAUUAGCGUAUUCGAAAUGGAAGCAUCCUAUGACCGAAUAUUUUCCAUCGAAAUGUUUGAGCAUAUGAAGAACUAUGAGGAUCUUCUGAGGAAGAUAUCCAAGUGGUUGAAAGAGGACAGCUUUCUCUUUAUUCAUCAUUUCUGCCAUAAAGCAUUUGCUUACCACUUUGAGGACAUAAAUGAAGAUGACUGGAUUACUAGAUACUUCUUUUCUGGAGGUACAAUGCCUUCAGCAAAUCUGCUUCUUUAUUUUCAGGAUGAUGUUUCUGUUGUUAAUCAUUGGCUUGUGAAUGGGAAGCACUAUGCACAGACAAGUGAAGAGUGGUUGAAAAGAAUUGACAAGAACUUGUCUUCCAUAAAGCCAAUUAUGGAAUCAAACUAUGGCAAGGAUUCUGCUGUGAAGUGGACUGUCUACUGGAGAACAUUCUUCAUCGCUGUUGCAGAGCUCUUUGGAUACAAUGAUGGAGAAGAAUGGAUGGUUGCGCAUUUCUUAUUCAAAAAGAAAUAAAAGGAGAAGCCAAAGCUUCUUCCUAAUUGAUUUUCAAUUUUUUGUGAGACUUUCCAUUUUAAGAUGGUAUCAAGGAAUCAAUCUACUAUCAUUUUGAUUAAGUGUCACUUGUUUUGAGUGGAAAUACUCAUUAGUGAUUUUUACAUGUGGAGUUAUUUCAAGGAUGUUCAAGUGAUAAUUAUCACUGAUAUAAGCAUAAAUUGAUGCUACGGUUCUUAUUUUGUUCAGAA